GAAGAACAUCAGCGAUGGGUACGGAAUCUCUUGUUCAAGAUGGACUGCAGGCUCCUGCCGACUCUAUCUGGUCUCUUCCUCUGUUCUUUUCUCGAUCGGACCAAUGUAGGCAACGCCAAGAUCCUGGGCCUGGAGGACGAUAUCAACAUCACCGGUCAUCAAUAUGAUAUUGGUCUGACGGUAUUCUACAUCAUGUACAUCUGCAGCGAGCUCCCCAGUAACCUGGUCAUCAGAAAGGCCUCGCCCAAGGUUUGGCUGCCUUUUCUGACGAUGAUCUGGGGCAUAUUCACAAUGUGCUUGGGUUUCGUGCGCAACUUUGCUGGCUUCGUCGUUGUCCGAGCCCUCUUGGGAAUUGCCGAAGGCGGACUACUUCCCGGAAUCGUCUUGUAUCUGUCAUUCUUCUACCGACGAAAUGAUUUGGCUUUGCGCAUCGGAGUUUUCUAUACAGCUGCAUCCCUGUCAGGGGCUUUUGGAGGCCUUUUAGCGCGUGGACUAGCCCAGAUUGGCCCUCGAGGGGGGCUUGAAGGAUGGCGCUGGAUCAUGAUCAUCGAGGGUUUACUGACAUUUUCUGUCGGCGGGCUGAGCUAUUUUCUGCUGCCAAACAGUCUGGAGACGGCAUUCUUCUUGACUCCAGAGGAACGAGCAUUUGCUCUCGAAAGAGUCAUGCUUGACACCCCAUCAGUUGAGUACGCGACGACGGAGGAUGAGCGGGAGACUCUCAAGUGGACUGAGGUGCGACGAGGGCUUCUAGAUCCGCGAAUGUGGUUGUCUGCCACAGCCUACUUCUCAAUUUUGUCAGGGCUGUACUCAUUCGGAUUGUUUCUUCCAACCAUCAUUGAAGAAAGUGGUUUUGCCAGAGAUCCGAACCAAGUUCAAUUCUGGACCGUGAUACCAUAUGCUGUUGCCACUGUCGUGACUGUGGUUGUGGCUGUGGUAUCGGACCGGUUGCAGCUACGCGGAGUCGUGAUGCUUUUCACGUUACCGAUUGCCAUAGCUGGCUACGGAGCGAUUGCCAAUAUUCUCUCGCCAUCAGCCAAGUAUGCAAUGACCUGUCUUAUGGCUACUGGGUUGUAUAGCAGUGUACCAUGCAUCUUGGUCUGGAAUUCAAACAACUCUGCAGGACAUUAUAAGCGUGCCACCACGUCUGCCAUGCAGCUAACCAUUGCCAACUGUGGAGGGCUUCUUGCUACUUUCAAUUACCCCGACCAAGACAAAUCCCAGUAUUAUCGAGGACAUACAGUAAUCAUGGGACUGUUGGUGUUUGCAUGGUUCAUGAUCUUUUUCAAUGUUUUAUACUGUGCCAAGAUCAACCGGGACAAGGCACAAGGUAAGUAUGCACAGUACGCCGGAUGCCAUGAUGACCGAGAUCCUGCAUUCAAAAUGAUGCUAUAGCCCGUGUAGAACAUUCGAGUGUCAGUAUUGAGGUGAUCGGCCGACUGGCGACCGAGAAAUCGCAAGGCGCCCAGUAGGCCGGUAAAUCGACUGCACCGAGCUGGUCGAGGUGGAUCUCGUCCUCUUCGACUGCUUUCACAUAAUUAGUGAUUAAAUAUACAUGAAUAUGGU